AUUGUGCUAUAAAGCAAACAAGGUAGCAGGAUUAUGGCUGAGCAGAAGAAGGACUCAGUUUAACAGCUUAGACAUCACGACAGUAAAACACUGAAGCCUCUAACGAGGAGUGUAAACACAAGACAUGUGCACAAGGAGAGGCUGUGUCACCACACCCAAACACUCUACUGUUUGUCUGCUGAAGUCCUGACUGGCUGCCAGUUUUUUUAAAAAACUAAUGAUUGUGUAUUUACCUGCUGUGAGUUCAGCACAUUAAAGCCGAGCUGUGAGGUUGUUGUGUUCAUGCCGACGUGUGCAGAGCAUUUAGAGGGCAUCUGUUGCUCGAUGAAUCUGUCUGAAAAUGUUUGUCUAACCCGUGUUUGAACGUGGGUUCAUGUGACACACACCUCGUGUCAAAUGGUUCAUUUUGACCUGAACAUAUUGUGAGUGUGUGGAUUUGUCCAGUAAGUUUCCGUAUCACCGAAGUUUGGAUGUGUCUGUUGUAACUGCAAGUCUUUAACCUGUUCCACACCAGAGUGCUGUGAAGAAUAAACUACUCCUGCUAAAACAAUCAUCCCCUUCUCGUAGCAGAAGCAUUUGAUGCGUGACUCUGUCAUUAGCUGCUCAUUUAUUCCUCACUUCAUAUGAAGUGCAAUCAGCCGCCAACAUCACGUGAUCCCAGAGAAAUACCUUUUGAAAACAGUGUAACACUGUGUGUCCGCAGCAGCGUCUGGCUGGACCUGUGGACUCGCAGCCGAGGACUGUUUGUUUUGCCGUCCACUCCCAGGCGUGGGACUGUGCUACCUGUGGCACGGUGGCAGCUCCUGCAUGCAGACAGAUGCAGGCCGCACUCCCCGAACAUCUGGCCGACACCCUCGAGAGCCUAUAGAGCCGCAUGACAUCAAGUCAUCCCCGGUUUGUCAGUUAACAGCUGAACUCAAUCGGGCGCAAUUAAAAAGUGAUGAUGAUGGACAGCUCGGUCUCCUGUGGGGAGGGCGGUGACGUUAGAGCAGCAGAACGUUAACAAGGCAGAUGUCUGUCAUGUUCAUCCUUUUGUCUCGUGUUUGUUAAACAAUGAAAUGACAGAGUGUCGCUGGCAGCUUCUGCUUUGAGUCUGUACUCGUGCUUUUCUUCUUCCUUCUUUGUUUUUCCUCAUUGAUAAAAAAAAUUUUGCAGUUUUUUUUAUUUGCACUUCCUCAAACUUUGCCUGUGGAUUUAUUAGUAAACAGCAUUUCACGGGCAGAUAUGAGUAGUCUGCGAUUUUCUCUCUUACUGGAUUCAAAUGUAAUUUUCCACAUUGUUCUUACUGUGUGUGCAGGAACCACUGGCCUGCUGCUGUGUGUGCGUGUGUGUACGUGUGUGUGUGUCUAUGUGUGUGCGCGUGCGCGUCAGUAGGUGGCGCCUCGGAGCAGAGAUCGGCUUCAUCAGCUCCUCCGCGCUCAGACAUCCACCACAGCGGGGCUGGACUCCGGCAUCUGCUGCCUCCUCUCUCCUCUCCUCCCUCCAUGUUCCCCCGCAACAAUGCGCCAGUGAUGCACGGACUCAGUCGACGCGCUUUCAUUUUUAUUUGCAAACAGCGCAAAUAUUUAUUCUGAUAUUUCUGCUGAAAGAGUUUGAGAAGGAAACGUUUUGGAAAAAACAUGGAAAAGGAGAGAAAAUCCUGUCAACAGUACGGAGCUCUGGAGAACACCCAGGUGGACGGAGCGACGGAGAAAUCAAAUGAAGAUGUCGUCUCCAUGGCCGACUCAACAGUUACAGUGGAGGACAUCGAAGGAGAGCUGUUCAAAAUUGAGCGGGUCCGAGACAUUCUGGUACGGAGAGAGUCAGAGCUCAGAUACAUGAUGGAUGACAUCCAGCUCUGCGAAGAAAUCACAAGGCUGAAGAAGGAGCUGCAACAACUCGUCUCAGUUCCAGACAAAGACAAGACCAAGGAGGACCGGCAGAGGGAAGAGGAGCUGCUGCUGCAGAUCAACAAGCUGGUGGAGACCAGAGACUUCCUCGUGGACGACGUGGAGUUUGAAAGGCUGAGGGAGCGAGAGGAAGACAGAGAAAUGGCCGCCUUCUUAGAGUCCAGGUUUCCCAAGGCGACGGCUGCAAAAGGUGCUUCGCGGGAUCAAACGGUGGCGUCCAAACCGCAGCAGACGUCGGCGCCGUAUCUCACUAAAACCGGGCUGACGCUGCUGAAAGACUGCUGCGGCUUCACCUGCUCCGUCAUGUGACGCACUGUGCAGAAGCGGGAAAGUGUGUGUGCACGUGUGAGGCUCCUCAGUGCUUUCACGUCUGUGUUGUAUAUCUGCCCCGUUAAGGAAGAUUAUCUGCAUUAAUCCUCGUAUAUAUGACGUGAGGGACAUGUAUUAUAUCACAUGAAUUUGAUGUGAAACACUGUGUUUAUGCGUCUUUCGGUGGAGAAGCUGAGCGGCUUAUGGAUAUGCUCAUGUUUUCUGUCUAAUUAAGUCAAUUAGAUAUAAUCAUGGCUGCUCUGACAGUGCAAUGAUCCAUUUGUGAUGUAUGAGACAGCAGAAGUGUAGCCGUCCCUCAGGGAACAAACUGCACUUGUUAAUCUCCUUCUGCCAGUUUCUGUAGUAGCUGACUGUCAUACUGACAUUGUUAGGGCUGUAACUAGUAAUUAUUGUCAUUAUUGAUUAAUCUGCUGUUUAUUGUGUCAUUUUUAAUUCAUUUAUUCCAUGUUUGGUCUGUAAAAUGAGCCCAGAGGUCAGUAUUCAGUUUAUAAUAUGAAGCAGAAAAUAGAGAAGCUGGAGGAUGUUUGGUGUUUUCACUUGAUGAAUGACUCUUAACAGCUGAUCAAUGAAUGUUGCUGUUUAAUUUUAAAUCGAUUAAUUGACUAAUUUACCACCAGUAAUCAUUUAUACAUGUGGGAGAGAUGGAGCCUGUUGAUGAAACUUCAGAUGAUCAUUUUAUGACUGAAGGUCAGAAGGUUUUUCUCCUGCAAAUAUCAGUCACAACUUAAACCAAAGUCUUUGUAUGUUUUUAGUCUUUCAGUAAUCUGCCUCACUGUCUGUGUUUUGUAAAAACCUCUAUGAUUAAAAAAACAAAACACUC